AUCCUGCAGGCAUGGCUGCGAAUCAAGCAAGCAAAGAGGAGGUGGAUUCUCGAUCAGUUUUCGUUGGCAAUGGUUGCUCUGGAUUGUCAAACUAUGUUUCAUUGUAUUCUCCACGUUUUUUCUUGGUAUAAUAUUGAAAAAAGGUCUCCUGCUGAUAUGAAAUUUGAUGAGAAUAGUUAAAAAAGAAAUGCAAAGAAAAAAAGUGAGAAAAGAAAAGAAAGUAAAAAAAAUAAAAAUGUUUACGGAAAGAAAAAAGAAAAAGAGGAAAAUUGAUGAGAAGCAAAACGAUAUGUAGAAAGAUUGCUUGAGUUGUGUAAAGUAGGAAGUUGGAAAACAGUCAGAAUCGAGAAAGGAGAAACAUUUUACAAGCUGUUUAGGAGUAGAAUGUACAAGUCCUUUGCCAUCAUCGAGGAGGGGGUUGUCUCUUGAAGAAGAGAGUGCAGUAACUGGAUGCUUUCUUGUGAAGAAGUGAAGGCUGAUGUCUCUGGCAAUGGUUGAUUAUGCUUGUACACCGGAGGAAGUGCAACAGCAUUUUCAAGCAUGUGGCACUGUGAACAGGGUGACCAUUCUGACAGACAAGUUCGGACAGCCAAAGGGAUUCGCUUACGUGGAGUUUGUAGAAGUUGAAGCCGUGCAAGAGGCUCUGCAACUAAACGAAUCAGAGUUGCAUGGACGGCAACUGAAGGUAAUGCCAAAGAGAACAAACGUUCCGGGAAUGAAACAGUACCGAGGGAGGCAAUUCAACCCGUACAUGGGUUACCGAUUCCGCAGGCCCUUUGUGCCUCCUUACUUUUACUCCCCAUACGGAUACGGGAAGGCUCCUAGGUUCAGAAGGCCAAUGAGGUACAUGCCGUACCAAUAAUAAUAAAUCUCCUAGAGAGGACUGAUGUACUACGACGUGAGGGAUUGUGUCGCGUGCGUAUGAAUGCAAUCCCUUGAGUUUAUUACGCAUCUCUUGCGUUUCGCCCGAACUUGUAAUGUACCGUGAUGUACGGAUAGACAUCUCUCGCCUUGAACCUCCACCAUGCUUUAUUGGUGGUACGCAUCCGUUUCUAUCCAUGUUACCUUAUUUCGUUCGUCCACUGCA